AUGCCAUUCUUAUCGUACGCUCAUGUGCUUGAGCUCCAGCAAGAGCUAGAAGGCACUCGGGCCCGAGUGAUAUGUGCCGGCUCAGACGAAUACGCCGAGAGCAUCCAGCGAUGGAGUGAUACCUGUGAGAAGGAAGCUGGAGCAGUAGUCAAAGUCACCUGCACGUCGGAAGUCUCUGAGGUGAUUAAUUUCGCACGAAAGCAUCGCAUUGCCUUCGUUGUAGAGGCGGGGGGACAUUCCACUACCGGAUCCUCUUCAACCCACGGCGGCAUUGUGAUUAGCCUCGCUGAGAUGCGAAAAGUCCUCACCGACCCCGCCUCGAAGACCGUUUGUGUACAAGGCGGCGCCACCUGGCAAGAUGUCAACAGUUCGACAGCGCCGUACGGAUUAGUCGUUGUAGGUUCGACGUCCAGCCAUACCGGGGUGGGUGGAUCAACACUGGGUGGGGGAUGCGGAUGGUUGACGGGGCGCUACGGACUGAUCAUCGACAGUUUACUUAGUGUCAAGAUGGUGCUAGCGGAUGGGUCCAUCGUUGAAGCAUCGGAAACUUCUUCCCCGGACCUGUUCUGGGCAGCCAGGGGUGCGGGACAAGCGUUUGGCGUGGUGACUGAGCUUGUCUUUCGCGCGUAUGAUCUGAAACACAAGGUUUUUGGAGGGGCCCUUUACUUCGCACUGGAUAAGUUACCCACGAUAGUGGAUUUCGCAAACGAAUUCCAUCGUCGCAAGGACGAGAAUAGCGGCUUUAUGUUUGGAUUUACGGCGCCUCCUUUCAUGACAGGGACUGCUGUGCUGGCUGUUCUCUUCUACAACGGUACCCGAGAAGAGGCAGAAGCCUUUUUUGAACCUCUGCUAUCCGUGGAUCGGGUCAUGGGCCAGACCGAUAUGAUGUCUUAUACAAAAAUCAACGCUGUGGCUAACGUAGAGCCUUCUCCCAAGGGUCGCAAAAGCAUUAACGGCACCAACGUUACCCUACCGCUUGACAUCGAUUUUGUGCAUGAUGUAUGCAAUCAGUUCGACAGGGUGAUGAGGAGCUAUAGGAGGGUAGGGGAUAGUGUGCUGAUGUUCGAGCUGCUACCAUAUUCUCACAUUAUCGAAGUCCCAUCUGACGCUACGGCUUGCGCUAAUCGAGGUCGUUAUUACAAUGUCGGGUCGAUCUUCUGUUGGCAGGAUCCCGAGAUUGAUCAUAAAAUGCAGACCGAGCAACAAGCUAUUAUUUCGAGAAUCGAACAGUUCGGGUUCGGGUCUCGGAGUGAAGGCGAGAAGCGGGUAGUCGCAUAUGCGAACUAUGCUGGGCAUAAAAGUGCGGCAUGUCUAUUUGGUGAUAACUUGGAGCGAUUGCAACAGUUGAAGAAAAUCUAUGACCCUAACAAUGUGUUCCGAAAAUGGCACGACCUUCUUCAUUAG